AUGGCGAAAGUGUCAGCAAGUGAAACUUUGACGCCGAAGGUGAUGGACAUAGGAGAUGGUGAACAUAAUGAAGCAGAACCUAGUGGUGGGGUACGGUUAAAGAAAGGGUUGAGUCUUGUAAAUGGCGUGGCAAUUAUUGUUGGAAUAAUUGUUGGGUCUGGAAUCUUUGUAUCUCCCAGCAACGCCUUGAAGAAUGCAGGUUCCAAGGGUAUGGCCCUCAUUGUUUGGGUCCUCUCCGGGCUGCUGUCAAUGAUCGGAGCACUUUGCUAUGCCGAAUUGGGUACUAUGAUACCAAAGUCCGGCGGUGACUACGCAUACAUCGGCGAGGCCUUCGGCCCACUUCCAGCAUUCCUCUACCUAUGGGUAGCACUUUUCGUCUUGGUCCCUACUGGAAAUGCCAUCACGGCUUUGAUAUUCGCUACAAAUAUUCUUCAGCCUUUUUGGCCUGCCUGUGAACCACCCGUGGAUGCCGUGAUUCUUGUAGCUGCUGUUUUGACAUGUUUCCUUACAGCCUUAAAUUGUUAUAAUGUAAAAUGGGUUACGCGAGUGCAAGAUUCGUUUACUGCUGCCAAAAUGCUGGCCCUCGUGGUAAUGUUUGGUGCGAGUAUUUGGUAUUUGUUCGCUGAAAGUACAAACAAUGUUCAAUCAAUGAUGGAGGGAACUGUAACAAAACCAGGGGACAUCGCGGCUGCCUUCUACCAUGGGUUAUUUUCGUACUCCGGUUGGAACUAUCUCAACUUUGUGACUGAGGAACUGAAAGAUCCAUAUAGGAACCUUCCGCGAGCAAUCUGUAUAUCGAUGCCAGUGGUGACAAUUGUGUAUGCAUUGACCAAUUUUGCCCUCUUCGUUGUUUUAACAAAGGAACAGAUUAUUGCGUCCGGCGCUGCCGUUGCUGUCACAUUUGGGGACCAAAUACUGGGCAUGUUUUCCUGGAUAAUGCCUUUAUUUGUCGCACUGUGCACUUUUGGAUCCCUUAAUGGGGCUAUAUACGCCUCAUCCAGGCUGUUCUUCGUCGGAGCAAGGAAUGGACACUUACCGCUGGCGAUCGCACUUAUUGACGUCCGACGACUUACUCCAGUUCCAUCUUUAAUUUUUAUGUGUCUGGUGACGCUAUUACUUUUAUUGACACGGAGCGUGGAGUCACUCGUCCUAUACGUCACAUCUGUGGAGGCAAUUUUCAUUAUCUGCUCAGUCGCGGGCCUCCUCUGGCUGCGACGCACACAACCAAACGUAACCCGGCCAAUUCGAGUCAACCUAUUAUUCCCAAUAUCAUUCCUUGUUUUAUGUACAUCACUUGUUAUAUGUUCCUGUUUUAAGUCCCCAGUUGAAGUUGGUAUAGGUAUUGGCAUGAUUGCGGCGGGAAUACCAGUUUAUUUUAUUUGCGUUCGGCACACGCCACGAUGGUUGCAGUCAGCCUGCAAUUCAUUCAAUAUUGUCUGCUCAAAAAUGUUCCUAUGUCUCCCCGAAGACUCAAAAGAAUUAUGA